AUGUUGGUGACUGCAGAGCGGUCCUCUGCCCUUGUUUCUUUCUUAACAAUCAGGGUUCUCUUGGUAGCCAAUGUUGGUGACUGCAGAGCGGUCCUCUGCCAUGGAGGUAAAGUCAUCAACAUGUCUCAUGACCACCGUGGCUCAGUCCAUGCUGCAGAGCGUCUGAGGGUCGAGAAACCUGGCGGCUACAUUGAUGAUUGGUACCUAAAUGGAGUCCAAUCUGUCACUCGAGCUCUAGGCAAUUGGGACAUGAAGAUCCCAACCUCAGCUACCGGUUUGCCCUCUCCACUCAUCACGGAGCCUGAGUUCAGGCAAGCUCUCAUCACAGAGGACGACGAAUUCUUGAUCAUUGGAUGCGAUGGUAUUUGUGACGUUAUGUCGGGCCAGCACGUGGUAAAUGUGGUCCGGCGGGGUCUGCGACCCCCGAAAGAGCAGAGGGAGGAGGAGGCCGAGGUUGAGGUGUUGUAG